GCUGGAUCCGUCUACAUAAAUUGAGAAGAGAAAUUCGUGUGUUGCGCAUUACAGAAGCGAGGCCGCAUCUACAGAUACCGAAAAAAAAGAUUUACAUUUGCGAUGGAGUCUUUGGCGCACCUGGCAUCUCCGUCAUCUCGUCGAGCAUUCGUAGUAAUACAGGUUACGAGAAUGGACUUAAUCUCUUUGAUACUGUGCGCUUUGUUCGCAGUUUUAAUAAUCCCCGCAAUUAUAUCGACAGUACAUCAUCAAUAUGUUCUUCGACAAAAGCUCAAGAAUAUUCCUCAGAUCGGUAGAUUUCCUUUUGGCAUGGCAUUUGAAUUAAUGAAGCAGACGGAUUAUGGACGCAAGGAAUGGCUUCAGCAAUGUAUGUUGCGGUUUAAAGAAGGAGUUUUCAUAUUUUGGGUUGGCAUGAAACCGUUCAUUACUCUCUAUAAACCUGAACUUUUAGAGAUUAUUUUACCUAGCACCGUAAAUAUCGAGAAAGGAUUUCCUUAUCAUAUGAUGGAAUCUUGGUUAGGCAAAGGGCUUCUAACUUCUACAGGAAAACAAUGGAAUCAUGAUAGAAAACUCAUCGGGCCGACGUUCCAUUUUAGUAUAUUGGAUCAAUUUGCCGUGGUUAUAUCCGAAAAAGCAGAGAUUCUGACAAAAUGUCUCGAGAGAGAAAUAGCAAAGAACCCAGGAAAAGCUAUUAAUAUUUUUCCGUUCGCUAACAAUGUUGCUCUCGACAUUAUAUGUGAGACGGCAAUGGGUGUGGAUAUACAUGCUCAAGAAGUUGAAACCGAGUAUACCACAACAAUACAUAGAAGUUCUAAAUUAAUAGCCGACCGAUUUUGUCAACCGUGGCUUUGGUCAGAUUGGUUGUAUAACUUAGUGCCUUCAGGAAGAAAAUAUAAUUCAGAACUUAGCAAAAUACAUAAAUUUACGAAAGAGGUGAUACGUAAGAGAAAGAUCGCACGACAAUCGUUAAACAGUUCUGCGAAAUUGGAAAACGAGGAUGACGAACUUGACAUAGGUAAGCGUAAGAGGAAAGCUUUUCUGGAUUUGUUACUAGAUGAGAAUGAGAAGGCCGAAACUCCGUUAACUGAUGAUGAAUUGAGGGCACAUGUCGACACAUUCAUGUUCGAGGGUCACGACACAACUGCUAUUGCGAUAACCUGGACGCUCUUUCUUUUGGGCAAUAAUCUCGAGGAUCAAGAAAAAGUUCAUGAAGAACUCGAGAAAGUUUUCAAAGAUUCAAAGAUACCAGCCAGCGUAAAGGAAUUGUCGCAGUUAAUGUAUCUCGAUAGGAUCAUAAAAGAAACGCUCAGACUAUUCCCAAGUGUACCUGGGAUCUCAAGGAAACUAGCGGAAGAUGUAAAGAUAGGCGAUUAUACGCUUCCGAAAGAUGCUACAGUCAUGUUGUUAAUCUCAUUAACGCAUACAAAUCCGGAAAUUUGGUCAGAUCCAAAAAAGUUCGAUCCAGAUCGCUUUCUUCCGGAUAAUUCGAAACAUAGAAGUCCAUAUGCCUACGUUCCAUUCAGCGCUGGACCAAGAAACUGUAUCGGCCAGAAAUUUGCUUUACUCAAAGAGAAAGCGAUAUUAACAGCUAUUUUGAGAAAGUGGAGAGUGAAAAGUGUAAAAACAAUGGAUACAGUUCAAUAUGGGCUCACUAUCACUUAUCGACCGUGCGAAGAGAUAUUCAUCCAUUUCACGCCAAAGAAAUAAUUAAUUUAUCAUACCAUAUACUCUAUACACUUUUAUGUAUAUCUUGAAAUAUAUGGUGACGGUUUCGACGUUCUUGUCGUACAGAGGAUGACAU